GUGUCUUGCUGUGGUAUAAAGGACUUAGCGAGGAAAAUAAUAAUAAUAAUAAUAAUAAUAAUAAUAAUAAUAAUAAUAAUAAUAAUAAUAAUAAUAAUAAUAAUAAUAAUAAUAAUAAUAAUAAUAAUAAUAAUAAUAAUAAUAAUAAUAAUAAUAAUAAUACUAAUACUAAUAAUAAUAAUAAUAAUAAUAAUAAUAAUAAUAAUAAUAAUAAUAAUAAUAAUAAUAAUAGCGGGGGUGUGGGUGGGAGGCAUGUCUCUUGUGGGGGACUUAGCCAUUUCUGGGUUGCGAGGGCGUGAGGGAGUUAUUGUCAGAAACUCAGCCA